AUGGAUGAUGCCGAUUGGGAUGACACUGGUGCGAUCCUUCGUUCUCGAUUCUUUAGGACUCGACACGGACAUGAGGGGUCACAGGAUUCGCGUCUUCCGGAGGCAUCCAACGAGGUUGAAAAAGCAAUCGAGUAUCUUUCUAAGGUCCGCGGAUGCAAAACUCCCCAGGAGAGCUUACGCUUGGCUGUACGACUGGGAUUUUAUACCGGAGACGAUUGGGCGCGGCUGUUCGACGAACAGCCAAGGUGUGACGAUCUUGUCUUGGAUACAUCGUUCUUGCGAGUUGCUGAAACGUCGUGGCUGGAAGCUGGAGGUGUAUUUUGGGGCUCGCAAAUUGCACCAGCGAUAUCACCUAUCUACGAGAUGUCGUCGACCCGUUCAAACGCAUCUUCGAGUGGCUCAACUUCUAGCCAAUGGACCGUGAAGCUCAGCAUAUCGAGUAUCGACUACAAGCAAUUGCGCCUAACGGGUACGAUGGAGGCAUUCACGGAUGCAAAGACCAAUAUCAAGACUUAUUUCGAGGGCGAGAUUAUAGACUUCAACGGACACUCACUUCAAACCCUCACUUUUGCGAGCACGUUGGGGGAUGAUGCCAACAAUUGGCGCAAGCUGGAUCCUUUCGUUUGUCUUUCCAACCACGAGCUCGUCAAGUGCCUUGUGUCUAGGAAGUUCAUGAAAGAGCUCAAUGAUCGAUGGUUGUUUUUACGCAUCAAAGAGCUUGAUUUUAUCUCUCCGGUGCCAGAGGCAGACGUGGGGGGUCUCACCAUCGGCGGCUUCUACUACCUCGCACUGAGGCGAGAUGAUGGUCGUAUCCAAGGCUACUACUACGACUCGCAGAGCCAACCUUUCCAAGAACUCACGCUGAUGCCCAACAAGCGAUUAUUCCCAUCAUAUGAGUUCAGGUGA